AGUCUUCUCCAGGCUUUGGAGUUAGAAGGUUCAUAUCUCUAACCUCCUGCCACCUUUUUUAAACUUUAGGGGGCUCCCGCAGAAGCUGUAAGGAGCUACGCUUCUUGCCCUCUCUCUUCCCAGGCAAGCUGGGCGGCGCUUGUGCUCUGCCUUCAACCUACAGAAACGUGUGUCCAAGAGCGAGUGAAGUUGUGCGUCUCUGUUUCUGUUAGUCUUGCUUGUUCUUGCCCUGGGCACGAGGGGUACCCGGGUCGAUCAGUGCACACUGCUCGAGGUUGUUUGCAGACCCUCUUUACUCUCUGCCUGCCACACUUAAUCCUUUUUUCGUCCCUCCUCCCUGUCGCUGUUGCUAUGGUGUCUGGGCUCUACAUGCUACUCUGGGCAGUGGUGACGGCAACGGCGCUGCUGAGCCGGCUGGCGGUGGCGGUGGGGCCGGUGGUGCGAUGCGAUCCGUGUGACACGCGGGCUCUGGAGCAGUGCAAGCCCAUGGUGCCGGAAUGCCCGGAGCUGGUACGCGAACCGGGCUGCGGGUGUUGCUUCACCUGCGCUUUGCCAGAAGGACAGCCGUGCGGCGUCUAUACCGAGCGCUGCGGCUCCGGGCUCAGCUGCCGGCCUCGAAGCGACGAGCCGAAACCUCUGCAGGCGCUGCUCGACGGCAAGGGGCUCUGCAUGAACGUGAGCGGCGACGCGGCGAGCGGCAGCAGCAGUUCCUCCGCCGGCAACAGGGUCCGUGACUUCCUCCUGCGCGGGACCCAUGGACCAGGGAAUUCCAGUGAUUCAGAUGAAGACCAGAAUAUUAGUAGUACAGAAAAUCAGUCUGUUCCCAGCACCAACAGGAUGUUAGAUUCCAAGUCACAUGUCCAUCAGACCAAAAUAGAUGUCAUAAGGAAAGAAUAUGCCAAAAAUACCCAGCGCUACAAGUAUGAUUCACAAAGCACAGACACACAGAAUUUCUCUUCUGAAUCUAAACAGGAGACUGAAUAUAUGCAUAUGAAAAUCAAAAGUCUGGACCCUCUAGAGGAAAUAUUGGUAAGCCGAGGGUCCUUGUCGAAGAGAGAUGGAAGAUACAUUAAACAAUCUGAAGAUUCUGAAUGUUUUAAGUCCAAGAGGAUUGCAUAUUCCAAACUGUGACAAGAAGGGAUUUUAUAAGAAAAAACAGUGUCGUCCAUCCAGAGGCCGGAAGAGAGGCUAUUGCUGGUGUGUGGAUAAAUAUGGGCAGCCACUCCCUGGAUAUGAUGGGAAAGGAAAAGGGGAAGUCCAUUGUUACAAUUUAGAAAACAAAUAAGAAGAGGCCACCAACUUCCAUGGAGUCUAUAUAUGGCAUCUUUACCAGCCAGAGGCCUUGGAGUGACUGGGCUACAGCGUGGAAUGCGUUGGACUUGGGAUUCUGAGUUUGGGCCCCUGUCUAUAUUGGGGAGAGUCAAUAACUCUGGAUUCUGCAGCUGCAUCCUGCCACUGAUUCACUUUCUGCUUUCCAUAGAUUUAUAUUGGGAGCUCUGAAAUCCCAGAUAAAUCUGCACUAUUGAUCCCCAGAAUGAAUAAGAAAAGAG